GCAGCUUGAGACCAUGAAGAUGAGUUCCCUUUCCACCUGGGCGUGCCUUCUCUUAUCACUCAGUGCAUCUCAUGCUUUCUCGCCGCAAUCGUUUCAAAUUGGUCUUUUCAGGGCUGGGCAGAAGCCCCUGGCCUCGAGGACAAACCUCCGAGCGCCUCGAACAAGCACACUGCAGCUCAGGGCCCAGCUCAACGAUUCUCCGACUUCCCAAGCAAGUGCAGAGCUUAGCGAGGAGAUGAUGUUGCUGCUCGCGCUGCAGCAGCAGAACAAGGCAGCCGUACCCACAGGAACCAAGGUCGUUGUCUUCGGGGCUCUCGAUCGGCUGGGUCAGCUUCUUGUCCGCCACAUGGCCAAGGAUGGCAGGUACACUCCAGUCAUCCAGACUUCCAAGAACUACGAGGAGAAGGUUCUGUACAAGACAGAUGGGGAACAGGAGAUUUUUCCUCCCGAGGCUGAGGUUUACUUCGAGGAGAUCCCAGCCAACGUCUCUGCUGCCGUGCUCUGCGUUGAGAAACCCACCGAUCCUGAGACCAUGAAGAACGUGCUGGCGCUGGGAAUUCCUUUCAAGCGCUUCAUCUUGCUCUCGAAGAUUGGAGUGGACGAGCGUGAGAACGACUGGAAGCUGAAGCUCAACCCCUUCUUACAACUUGACAAGUGGGCAGCCCUGGAGCAGACGCUCAAGGAGUGUGCAGAGAUUUACAACUUCGACUACACGAUCUUGCGAGUGGGAAACCUCAAGGGAGGCCCUUUCUACGACACCAACAAGGACUUCGAGCAGGCACUGAACGAUCGCAUCUUUGAUGCUGAGGAGGCUCGUGGCAUCAGCCUAAAGCGGAGGGAUCAGAACUCCGCUGACACGGGUCGCGAUGUGGUGGCGCAAUGUUUGGUUCAGUGCCUCACCCGGGCUGACACUGCCAACAAGAUCUUGAGCCUCGUCAGCUGCAAGACCUUCCGCGAGGAUGGCGUUGGAUGCAGCGAGAACAAUUUCCUCCAGCUUCCCCCCGCCAUGAAGAACCGCGAGAGGAGGGUCUUCACUCCAUCCCGUCAGGAGUGGAGCGAGGCGUUCAAGAAGGCGCUGGACUAGAACUUCCCUCUCCCUGUGUUUAGAUUAAAAAUUCUGUCGAUUG